UAAAAAUAGGUAUUUUAAAAAGGGGCUUAGUUUUCUACCGAGGAAGGAAUCCUUGGGUUUAAUGAAUCAGGCGGGUCAUUAUCUUUGGCGGGAAAAGAGUUCACAUUCUUCUUCUUCGUUUCUCCGUUUGGUCGCGUUUUCUAGCUCUGGAGUGGGGAAAUUGGUCGAAGCUUUAACCCACAAAUGUCGAAAUUGCCCGAAAUCUCAUCGCUCUUCGCCGCCCUCGCAUCGAACCUUGAAAGGACUGCCGGAGAAGAAGAUCGAAAUCUCGACGAUGCCAUCCGGAAGCUCAACCUGUCGCUCAAUCUAUCCGAAACCAACCCUAGAGCUCAGGUUCUGGACACUGCACUCUCUCUCAUGUGCAUCACCGCCCCGCAGGUCUUCGAUUCCAUGAUUGAGUUCACGGUGAGAACAAUUGUUACCGUUCUGUCUUCAUCGGCUGAACUGCAGGUUGUUAAGUGGGGCAAUAAGGAGAGUUUACAGGUUUCCGGAUCGAGUUUUGGUCUGGAUUGUGUUGGAACAUUUGAAGCUUUUGCUGAUAUUUUACUAAAACUCGAGGCAUUUAGAGGAGAUCUUUCUCCUUCAUUGCUUUAUGCCGUUGUAAGAGCUGCAACAUUUGCACCUAACUGUCAUCAUCCAGAGAAAAUCGCUGAGAUGAAACUUAGGGGUGGAAGGAAUUCUGCUUUUGCAAAGGUGCUCCGCUAUUCACCAAGGGACAGCAACCUCAAAAGUGGAGAAAUUCCUCUUAGGUUGCUGUGGUGGUUGCUUGAUCCUAUGCUUCUUAAGAAUGAUAUAUGCCAAAUUUUACAAGAAACCACUAGCCGACCAUUUCUUUGCCUAGAAAAGGAAUUUUAUGAGAAGACAGAUUGGCACUGUAUUUUAAUUUGUUUGGUUCUUAAUCCUACAAUGUUUAUGCAGACAAGGGCUCUAUUACAUAAUUGGUUUCUACUGACGGGUUUGGCUUCUAUCUUAGAGCUUCACAGUGAAAUAGUCUUGAGAGUAUUAGACGUUGGUUGCAGACCAAUGUGGUGGGGAGUACCAAUGGAGAUUGCAUUGUCACUUCCAUUUUCGCAUGCGUACUUUCCUUGUGAAAACCGGCUCUUGAGAAUACUUUCUGGUCCACUGUCCUGGGAAAAUUUUUCGCAUUUAGUUUGUGAAGUUAUUAAACCAAACUGUGCUGCCAAUCAGCUUAAUUCUACUUCCAACCAUGCUGUGAAGGCUUCAAGAGUAGAUCAUAAUUCCUGUUGGGCAAUGACAAUAAACUUUCCUAGUUGGUUCUCCUUUGCCUCUUUGCUGCUUUUCCUUGAUGGGAGUUCUAUAGAUAGAUGCUAUUUGAAAUGUAUACCUUGGUUAAACAACUCUGACCAGCCAUGUGAUACAGAGCUGCCUUAUUCUUCUGUAGCUGCAAGGUUUAUUGCAUGGGUUUUGAACCCUAUAGGCGAUUCUUGCCAGGACCUGUUAGUUGAGUGUUUGACUGGACUUUUACGUGUAAAGACCCUCAAACACUGUGGUUUUGGUAGAGGCAUUGCAGCCACUGGUCGCAACACAAAGGAAAUUUGGAGGUCAUUAUCAGACAAAAAGGGUAACAUCAAUUUUUCCAACUUUGACUCCCAAACGCUGUUGCUUUGGCUCAAAGAAGUUGAUGACAUCCAUAUAAGUAUAGGAGAGGCAGAAAGUGAACUGCUUUUGCAUUAUGCUGCAACCGGUACCUUCCACAAUCUCUUCAAACAACAAGUUGAGCAAAAACGUAUGAAGCAUAGCCUUGAAUUUGCGCUGACUGACAAGUACACAAGAAAAGAAGCUGUAUCAGGAGCCAACAUUGCUUUCAAUCUAACUGAUACAAUUGAAAGUAUGUCAGCUUUGAUGUUUGAGACAGAGGAGGAUGGGCUGAAGUUUUUGAGUCAGGUGAAAGGAAAGAUUGUUAAAUAUCUACUCAAUUGUGUCAAGAGGCUACUCCAACUUAAAGUAGCUGAUGACUUCAUGCAGCUUAGUGAUCUCUAUCUUAGAAUGGUCAGGUGGAAACAUCAGGGACAGGAUAUCUGCAGCCGUUUCAAGGAUUGGGAUGAUGCCAUUGGUGCCGUGAAGUGUGCUUCCUCACCCCAAAUUUAAGGAGUUAUGCUUUGUUUAAAAGACACAGAUUUCCAGCAUUUUGGUGGAAACAAUUGCUGUAAAUCUGUAGCGCUUAAGUGGAA